UUCACUUGAGUUCAGUUGCCGGCGGAGUCAAUUCCUUAGAAUGGACACCGGGAAAUACAGAAUGUUGGCUUACUUUAUAUUCUUGUUUGUGGCUGUCAAUCAGGUUACAUCAGAAGUUGUCCUGUCUGUUCAUAUAUUGGAAUUGUCCAACCCCCAAAAUCUGAUGGCAACUGAAAACCAAGGUCCUAUGUGCUGCACAAACGUACCCCCUGGCGUCUUUGGUUGCAAGGAAAGCUGCUUCGUCACUAUCGAAGUUUGCUACAUAGAUACUUCUACCAGUUCCUGUGUACAGAGAUAUACAACUGGUGUUUUUCCUGCAGGAUACGGUACCACAAAUUUUGGUACACCCAUAGGGAACAUGUCCAACCCUGUAAUAAUGCACAUCCCUACAUGGACUCCUCGUUCGAGAUACCGGGUCACAGCCUACGCUAGCGGGAACUAUCAUCACAUCAUCAGCCAGAUUGUUGUACAACCCAACUCCAAAGAUAUUGCUGGGGAUGGGUUACACACGACCGUCCACCACGCCUCCAUGGCGUACUUCCGGACGGGUGCUACCAUAUCGACAGAAUACACGAUAUUCCAGUGCCAAGCUGAUUCAACUCUUCAUCAGGUGUGCAAUGAUCAGGGUCAAGUAGUUUGUAAGGAUCCUUACUACGGCUCUAGAUGCUCCCUGGAGUGUUCCAUACGUCCGAUUCAAGGGGCCUUCCGAGGAACAUGUAUCUCAGGAGUCGGCCCGGUAUGUCAGAAAGGUUGGAGCGGUCCUCAUUGCACAACACCUGACGUCUGUUCAACUAGUCAGUGCCACAAUGGUGGCCGCUGUUUGACCGACCCUAGCGUUCCAGUGUUUGGGUUUCGUUGCGAGUGUCUAAAAGCAUGGACCGGGCAGCUUUGUGACCAGUUGGACGCAUGCUCUUUCCAUUCGUGUAAUAAUGGAAAUUGCACUAAUGAUAACACUCAGGUCCACGGGUACCGUUGUCAAUGUCAGAGCGGAUGGACUGGUGACGUCUGUGACAUCGAUUUUAACGAAUGUCUAUUUCCAAGAGCGUGUUCUGACCGUGGCACGUGCCGCAAUUUGGCGGGAACAUUUUCGUGCUCGUGUGAAGCCGGUUGGUCCGGGAAAAUCUGCGAAACAAGUCUCUGUCCUACAGGUUACAUAGGGGCCAAUUGUACUACUAUUACCAGUUGCGAAAACAAUGGGUUCAAAGUUCAGGCGACGACAGGGAUAAUCUGCCAGUGCCCGUAUGGAUGGACGGGACCUAGAUGUGAGAUAGACGAGGACGAAUGCUUAACUAGUACCACAUGCCAAAACAACGGCACAUGUAUCAAUCGACCAGGGUCAUUCAUUUGCGCAUGUCAGAGUGGUUGGCAAGGACACCAUUGUGAAUCGGAUAUAAAUGAGUGCAUUGUGAACCCCUGCAUACACGGUACUUGCACAAACACUGAUGGUGGUUACCAAUGCACGUGCGCGAAAGGCUGGAUAGGAUCACAUUGUGAAACGGAUGUGGAUGAAUGUGAGCACACAGUUUGUCAAAAUAACGGUACAUGCGUCAAUUUCGCGGGAAACUUCCAUUGUAAAUGCCCGGAUGGUUAUGGCGGCGGGUUAUGUGAGUAUGAUAUAGACGAGUGCGCUAACGUUACCUGUUCUAACUUCGGCAUAUGUGUGGACGGCGUGAACACAUUUACCUGUCAAUGUCCACAAGGUUACACGGGCAGGCUAUGCGAGACUGAUAUAAACGAGUGCGCGAGCAACCCUUGUGUUCAUGGUAACUGCUCCGACGAAGUUGCAAAGUAUAACUGUCGGUGUCAGCAAGGAUGGAGCGGUACGAACUGUGACAAGGAUGUGAACGAAUGCGAUUUUUCACCGUGUGAAAAUGGGGCAAACUGUACUAAUGACCCCGGAAGCUAUAAAUGUGCAUGCGUCGUUGGAUUUGUUGGAACACAUUGCGAGAUUAACAUUGAUGACUGUUCCAACUCUCCCUGCAUGAACAAUGGUACGUGUAUAGACAUGAUCAACGAUUACAGAUGCUCUUGUUUUGGUCAGUUUACCGGAAAACAUUGUGACGUGUACAACUUUUGUGCGUACAGCCCGUGCGAUCACGGCCAGUGUCUCGUUACAGAUAACACUCCGAAAUGUCUGUGUGACGUAGGCUGGGAGGGCGUGGCUUGUCAGUAUGAUAUUGACGAGUGUGCACAAGGAUCACCUUGUCCAAAUGGAACGACGUGUGUUAAUAAAGCCGGCAGUUACGAAUGCGAUUCGUGUAACAACACUUACUGUGGUGUCAACGGGACGUGUUCCAUGUUGAACUUUGUCCCGACAUGCACUUGUGGAUAUGGAUGGGCGGGAAAAGACUGUUCACGUGAGGAUCUCUGCGUCGGCAAUCCUUGCAGUGGUCAUCUGGAAUGUGUCAACACCUUGGAUGGGUAUAUGUGUCACCAUCACCAUGACAAAAACCUUUGUGAUGUCAUGCCGUGUGAAAACGGCGGGUCGUGUGAAUUCCAUUCUCGCUACACUCCUCCUAGCUUCGAAUGCCAUUGUGCUAACGGAUGGAAGGGGCAAGCCUGUGCUACUGAUGUAGAUGAGUGUAGUGCGAGUCCUUGUGCCACCGACCACGCAUGCGUUAACACUGCUGGAGGAUUCGCAUGCGUGAAGCACACUGUUAAACGGUCCAGUAUGGAGAGGGAUUCUGGUAUUGUUAUGCUGGAAUUGGACCGUGUCAUUAAGAAGUCAGACAUCAGUGACCUGCAUGAUCAUCUCACGACCUUGACCUGUGGGAAUGGCUGUGGGUUACCAGAAUGCUCCGUGGAUAUCAGAAGUUAUACUAUCCAGUCCAGGUUUGCGACCUCGACCUUGGCUAUCCUUGCCAAGUGUGGAGGUGACGUCAUCAGUAGGGAGACAAUGCGAGAGGUGCUUGGUAAAGCCUAUACAAGAAUUCAGUAACCUUUAAUAAACCGAAUGAAAUUAAAACAUUGAAUGAAAUGAUAAUUUAUUUGAUUCCACGACGUAUAUGAUAUAUGUAAUCUUUAAAAUAAAGAUAUUUUUCAUUAACAUUAA